GAGGUUGUAGAUCGCAUCCUGCACGAUGUUGCAAUGGAUGGGAGGAUCCAGGCGGAAAGUCGCUACUGUGAGUUGGAGUUUUGCUGUAGUUUAAAUGAGCUAGUUGCAUAUUGCAAUAUAAUUUCAAUCGAAUCGAAAUAUUAUGUGUAAUUAGGAAGAAACAAAAUCUGUUUAUUGUUUGAAGGAUUAACAGUAUCCUAUAGGACCACUGAAUUUUUGCAUUUGUAGAUGUUUUGGAAAUCACAAGGUUUUCUGAAUGAAAAGUGAAAGUAAAAAAAUACUAGUCAUUGCCUCUGGCACAAAUUAAAAAUUUGAUUUUCAUGUUAUGCUAGCUGACGUAGUUGGCGUGACGAGCCAUUCAAAAUUGCAAAUUGUUUAAAAAAUAAAUUGAAUGAUGUUAAUUUUUCUUCUGAUGUCCAAACAUUAUAUCUAAUUGAUGCAUGAUGAUCAUUGGCGCCGGGAUGGGAGAUUUUCAGUCAAGGAAGUCUACACAAAAGAGGUAAAAGUUUGAUGUUAUGUUAGUUACAAACCUAUAUGGAGUUUGGUUGGUUGAGGCUGGGAAGAGUGGUUCUGCUAAAAUUGGAAGGUUAGACUGUAGAAUUGUAAUGAACUCCUUAUUUCCACCAGACAGAAGCAAUACUUUGAACAAAGAAAGCGUAAGCAACAAAAUUUGCAUAUGAUGGGAUCAGAUAAUUGUUAUGAUAGUCCAGGAAUAAGUGGACAAAGCCUCAAGGAACAUCGGUCUCUGGACAUUCUCAAUUUGCUUAACUUGUCAACAAAAGCUCAGCAGUGUAGUCCAUUUUGUCCAGAGGGUAAGCAUUGAAUAUUCUUUCUGCAUAACAGAUUUGUUGCUGCUAAUUCCUGACUUUUGGUGAGGUAGUCAUUAGGCUAAAAUAUUUCAUGUUCUGAAAAACUUCCCGAAUUACAACCACGUUGGCAGGGAAAAGGACAGCCAGCUAAUGCAGCUUCUUUUUUGUUUGCUUUGUCCUGAUGACUCUGUGCUUCUUUUCUUGCUUAUGUCUUGUUUAGUAAAAUUACCAAUUUCCCCCCAUAUUAACUGUACAACAACGAAAGAGAGGGACGAUGGAGACAUCGAUAUUUCUACCCUGCCAGUCAAUGUCUCAACAGAUCAGCCAACAAUGUUUACCAAUAUGAAUACUACAGUAAAUUCUUUCAGAUUCGAAGAGGCAAGUACGUGAUCUAGUACAUUAGCCAACGCAAAAACUAUCAAGUCUGUUUGGUUCAAUUUAAAUGCAAUUUGGAACUAAGAUGUGAAAUAUAUAAUGAAUGUAUAUGCAGGGGCACCUUUGUGCCGCCAGACUGAAACAUCACGGAAGAGUUCUUCUGAUCACCGCAAUACUGCCUUUAAUGGACCCCCCAAUCAAUGGAAGACAGUAUCCGAUCAAUACUCGGAAUUUUCUGUUAUUGAUUUGGUGUGUGAUGAUGAACCUAAUGCCACUGCAGAAAAGUGUCCGACCUGCGAAGAUCAUGUUUCUUUUUCACUUGAAGGCCUGGGUAAAGUUGGGACAGAAACGCCAGUUCAUUCUCCAGAGCAACGUGCUAGAAUCCCAUAUAGUUAUUCUCCAUUGCAGAAGGAUGGAAGUAAAUCAAAAUUGAAGAAAGUUAACCAUGAGCUGGAUGACAUUGAACUUGAAGUGGUGAAGCAAAAAAUCAUCUUUACGCACACCACACACUUGCAUAAUCCUAUCUGCAUCUUCUAUAGCUAUAUGUUCCUUGUCAAUCAUUAAUGAUACCUGAACUGAUAUACAUCUUCUACUUUUUGUUUUAUCAUGAAAAAUCAACGAGUUCUUGUUUUAUUAAAGUGCUUUCAUAAUUAUAUCUUAUUUUAUUUUAUUCCAAUUCCAUGGAAUAAAAAUUUAGUCUGCCAUUGAUGACCAUUAAUUGGCAGGGUACAUUGAGAAAAUUGUAUAACAUUGUGUUCGUAAAGUUAUUGAACGCUGAUUAGU